UUUAUAUUUUAUCGAGCUUGUAAACACAUCCAACUUCACACGUGCAUGCUUUCCUUUUUAAUGGGUGAUGAUAACUUCCUAAGCUCAUUUCAUUUCAUACGGCAAAGUUCCGGAAAAACAUAUAAUCAAGUCGAGAUGGCUGCCACAACCUCCUCUUCUCCAUCAUCACCACCUCUGCACACGUUUAAGGUCCUUAAACGCAGACUCUGGAACCGAAUCUUUGCUCUGAUUUUUACAUCAGCAAUCUUAUCUUUAAUUCUGCACCAUUUCUUAUGUCUCUUACAUUCCGAGAACACUACCACCUUCCUCCUUCACCUCAACUUACUAUUCUCCGAUUUGAUACUCUCGUUCAUGUGGGCGACCACGCAGUCAUUCCGUUGGCGUCCCAUCCGUCGCGCCGUGCACCCCAAGAACCUUAUGCAAGUAACUAAGGUUUGGAAUCUUCCAAAGUUAGACGUGUUCAUAUGUACUCCCGAUCCGUACAAAGAACCACCUAUCGGUGUUGUUAACACGGCUUUAUCAGUAAUGGCUUAUAAUUAUCCAUCCGAUAGGAUAUCAGUAUAUGUAUCAGACGAUGGAGGAUCAGAGUUGACUCUUUUUGCUUUCAUGGAAGCUGCUAAGUUUGCUACUCACUGGCUGCCUUUCUGUAGGGACUAUAAAAUUGAAGAUAGGUGCCCUGCUGCCUAUUUCAGUUCUAGUCACUGCAGUUCAACCACAGACGCUGAGGAGCUUAAGAUGAUGUACGAAACCAUGAAAAUGAAAGUAGAAUGCGUUGUUGACAGAGGAUAUGUUGGUGAUGAACACAUCAAAACUGAUAAGCAGCGUGAAGCUUUCAGUCGAUGGGCAGAUGAAUUUACACGUCAAGAUCAUUCUACUGUAAUCCAGGUUCUAUUAGAGAAUGGUCAAGACAAGGACAUCACAGGGGUUGACAUGCCAAACCUUGUUUAUGUUUCGAGACAGAAAAGUAAAGCCUCGCACCACCACUUCAAGGCUGGUGCUCUAAAUGUUCUGGUUCGAGUCUCCGCUGCCAUGACUAAUGCACCAUUAAUCCUGACGUUGGACUGCGACAUGUAUUCGAAUGAUCCUAAUACUCUCGUUCAAGUGUUAUGCUUUAUGUUGGAUUCCAAGAUGUUAAAUUACGGUUACGUACAAUUCCCUCAACGCUUUCAUGGGAUUAAUAAGAACGACAUCUAUGGAGGUGAAAACAAACGUUUAUUUCAGAUAAAUCCUAUCGGCAUGGAUGGGUUAGCAGGUACCAAUUACGUAGGUACAGGGACAUUUUUUCGUCGACAAGCUUUCUUUGGUGGGCCUUGGUCAUACGUAUCCGCUGAAAAGCCAGAACUAAACCCUGAACAUAUUGUCGAUAAGUCCAUUCAAUCAGAAGCAGUUCUGGAAAUGGCUCAAAGCGUAGCUAGCUGUGAAUAUGAAAAUGGCACCAAAUGGGGUUCUAAGAUAGGUUUUAGAUAUGGGUCACUGGUGGAAGAUUAUUUCACAGGUUAUCAAUUGAAUUGUGAAGGUUGGGACUCUGUAUUCUACCAUCCAGAUCGGGCAGCCUUUUCGGGGGACAUUCCUAUCAACCUUGAUGAUGUGCUGAGCCAAAACAAAAGAUGGUGUGUAGGCUUACUUGAAGUGGCUUUCUCCAAGUACAGUCCGAUCAUUUUUGGAACACAAUCUAGAGGUAUUUUGAUGGGCUUAGCUUAUUCCCAUUUCGCCUUUUGGGGUAUUUGGUCUAUUCCGAUUACCAUUUAUGCCUUCAUACCGCAGCUUACUCUCCUCAAUGGAGUUUCGCCAUUCCCCAAGGUAUCUGAUCCUUGGUUCUUAUUGUAUGUGUUCCUGUUCCUUGGAUCUUACAUCCAAGACUGCCUAGAUUUUAUGCUAAUGGGAACGACAUUUCAACGAUGGUGGAACGAUCAAAGAAUGUGGUUAAUCCGUGGUGUCUCAUCGUACCUAUUCGGAUCCAUUGAAUUCUUCCUCAAAUCCUUGGGUAUCUCCACGUUUGGAUUCGUUAUAACUAGUAAAGUAAUAGACGAUGAACAAAACAAACACUAUGAACAAGGAGUUUUUGAGUUUGGAGUUGCGUCACCUUUGUUUGUACCAUUAACAACAGCGGCUAUCAUCAACUUCAUUGCGUUUUCUGUGGGUGUCACAAGAUUGAUUUUGGGACACAGCAAACUGGAGGAAAUUUUCAUUCAAUUGGUUUUAUCAGGGUUUGGGGUAGUCAAUUGUUGGCCAGUAUAUGAAGCUAUACUAUUGAGGAAUGACAAAGGAAAAAUGUCUUUAAAGAUUACAAUUUUAUCUAGUCUUCUGGCGUUUUCUUUGUACUCAUUAUCUCAUUGUCUUGCGUCUUAAAUUAUGGCCAGGGAUUUGUUGUAGUUUUGCGGUCUGUUGAAUAUUAUAUGGAUUCUUUCACGAGAAUUAUCAGCACAUUUAGUUGGUCGCGGUCCAGUUUUUUCUCCAAAGACUCUAAUACCUUCUUUCAUGGAGGAAAUUGUUCAGAUUCUGGGUUCUUGCAAGGGGUUAAUUUGCUUUGUCCUUUGUUUUGCUCGUUUCCAUGGUCUUCUUAAUCCAUUUACUGGAGAGUACAGGAAAUUACCGUCACCAAAGUCAUCUAUUCUAUCUGGUAAA